AUGGAAGAGGUGGGGAUGAGCUUAGUAUCAUUGUUACGAGCAGCAUGGAUCCUUAUUACUUUGCCGAUUGUUGUAGGCCUUGUCCCAUUCCCUGGGCUUGCUUGGCUUCACACGAUUCUCACGCUUAGCAACAGAGGCAAGAUUUUGCAAUCCAACUCUAAACUAACUGUGCCUCAAAGAUUCUUCUCUCACUUUUAUGCGAUGGCCAUUUUAUGGACGACACUCUUGCUUGUUGCAAUGUGGUCUUAUGCAACAACCAGCCACGUGGCUGGAGGAGAAUCCCAUGCAAACAUAUCUGUGUUUCUCCUUGUGCUAAUGGAACUCCAUCUUUUGCGACGUUUCUAUGAGACAAUAUAUGUUUUCAAAUACAGUCCCUCAGCUCGAAUGCACAUCUCUGGUUAUCUUUUGAGUCUAUUAUACUAUGCACUGGCUCCACUCUCCCUAUGCUGUAAUUUUGUACCUCAAGUCUUUGACUCUGUCAACGGAAGAGUUGGCAUGUCAAGGCCUGGAUCUGAUAAAAUAUGGAUGUUUGUGACUCCUUUCUCGAGGCUUCCAUGGUAUGCAUGGAUAGGUGCGGUUAUUUUCUUAUGGGGUUGGGUACAUCAGCUUUGCUGUCAUCGAAUCCUUGGUUCCUUGCGAGACAAAACCAAAAACCCGGAGGAGUAUGUUAUUCCGUAUGGCGAUUGGUUUGAAUACGUGUCAUCUCCACACUACACAGCUGAAAUUGUGGCAAAUCUGGUUUAUACAGCAAAGGAAACACAAGGAUGUGAUCUGUGCAUUGAAGGAAGCUUGUGUAAAGCUGUUCGAUUGGAUCAUUACUUUGUUAAAGGAAAGCUUUCGCUCUAG